ACGCUCUAAUCCCUCCUACCAAACACACCGUAUUUGUUUUUCCAUCUAAUCUCUAUUUAAUUUUUUUAUUUUUGCAAUUUCGUGUAAAAUUGACUGUAUGCAUCUGCCACUCUCUCUUAAAGAUUGUUGCUAUCAAGAAAAUGAAGUGGAAUUUUGAGUCUUGGGAUCUACAUCAAUGUUUAAAUUUGAGAGAAGUAAAGUCACUCAGUAAAUUAAGUCAUCCCAACAUCAUAAAGUUGAAAGGAGUUGUACAGGAAAACCAUGAGUUGUUCAUCAUUUUUGAGUAUAUGGAAUAUAAUCUGUAUCAAAUAAUAACGAAGCGAAAGAGAGGAUUUUCGGAAGAAAAGAUACGAAGUUUUAUGAUUCAGCUUCUUCAAGGACUUGAUUACAUGCACAAGAAUGGAUACUUUCAUCGGGAUCUAAAACCUGAGAAUCUUCUAGUGACCAAUAAUGAGAUCAAGAUUGCUGAUCUCGGACUUGUUCGAGAAAUUUCAUCAGGGCCCCCUUAUACUGAUUACGUUACGACGCGUUGGUAUCGGGCCCCAGAAAAUCUGCUGAAGUCAUCUACCUACACUACGGCAAUUGAUAUGUGGGCAGUUGGUGCAAUUCUGGCCGAACUUUUUAUGUUGCGUCCGAUCUUUCCAGGAGAAUGUGAAUUAGAUCAGCUGCACAAAAUAUGCUGUGUAUUGGGUUCUCCAGAAUGGACGAUGUUCCCUGAAGCAAAAAACUUUACAGAAUUAUUAAAUAUAAGCCAUUCAGGGAUUAAACCUGCAAAUCUGUCAAAAAUUAUCCCAAAUGCCAGCCAGGAUGCUCUUGAUCUCAUCAGUCGUUUAUGUUCUUGGAAUCCACUGAAAAGGCCAACAGCAGAGCAAGCGCUACUGCAUCCAUUCUUCUACGUCGCUCCGUUGGUACCUCAUCCUAUUUAUAAUUGCUCUCAGAACAAGCCAUACAUCACGAAUUCCCAGCCGAACCUUGAACUAACGCUAGGGGGCUUUGACAGCAUAUCAAAUGAUUGUUACCCUGGUUGUCAGGUGGCUGUUAAACCUGGUGCUUCCAAUCUAGACUCCCAGCUGAACCUUAAACUAGAGUUGGGGUGCUUUGAUAGCAAAUCAAGUAAUUGUUACCCUGGCUUGACGAUGGCUGUUAAUCCUGGUGUUUCCAAUUUAGUAGAUUCCAAGCCGAACUUUCAAUUAAAGCCGUGGGACUUGAACAAAGAACCAGAUGAUAUUUACUCCGACUUGACGUUGACUUUGAAUCCUGGUGUUUUCCAUCUAGAGAGAGGACCUAGUGUAUCUGGAUUGCCACAGCAGGAUACAUUGCUCUACUCCAAUUUCCCAGAUCGUCGUCAAGAGCCAUCAUUUUGUUCGGCUUUAUCAGCUAUUCAAAAUCGGGUGAAUCCUCCGACUAAUCCCACAUUGUCGUUUUCAUUCAGUUCAAUUGCAUAUCCCUCGUCUUCUGUUCCUCGUUCAGAAGGUUUCGUAGCCACGCAACCAAGUUAUUUAGACGGCCGAAUGUUGGUGGGUGCCUCCCCUUUCCGGCUGAGCCAGUUCCAUUGAGUUGCUCAUUUUUUGAUAUACUUAAACUUAGUAUAGGAGGUAGUUUAGAGUCUUUAAAUUUUUUCUGAUUCUUUUUACCUACACCCAAAAAUUGGUUGUAGUGAUGAUUGAUCAUAGCAUUUAGGUUUUUUGAGCUAAUUGUGAACGUUUAUGAUAGAAUGUUAACAUUAGUGACACAAGAAUAUUAAUGACAGAGUCUUAAUCUCAUAAGAUUGAGGUUAUUUGUUAACUUUAAAGAAAAUUAUUAAUUUUUUAUUAUUUAAAUAUUUUCAACUUAUGUUCUUUACUUAUCCUAGAGCAAUUAGUGCAAAUAG